AUGCCUUCCUUCACCGUCUACAAGGGCUCCAAGGACAGCAAGAUUGUCAAGGGUCAAACUACCAAGCCUGACCUUCAGGAUGACCAGGUGCUCAUCAAAGUAACCGCCUCCGGUCUUUGCGGAACUGAUGAGCACUACAAGGAGGCCGACAUGGCUCUCGGCCACGAGGGUGUCGGUAUCGUCGAAGAGCUUGGUCCCAACGUCAAGGAGCUGAAGAAGGGUGACCGUGUCGGAUGGGGAUACGAGCACAACUCCUGCGGCCGCUGCGACCAAUGUCUUACAGGCCGUGAGACCUACUGCAACCAGCGCGAGAUGUACGGCUCACACAACCUCGACCAGGGUAGCUUUGCUUCCCACGCUGUCUGGCGCGAGUCUUUCGUCUUCAAGGUUCCCGAUGAGUUGAGCGACGCUGACGCCGCACCUCUGAUGUGCGGUGGUGCUACCGUGUUCAACGCCCUCCACACCUACAACGUCAAGCCUACUGACCGCGUUGGUGUCAUGGGUGUUGGUGGUCUUGGUCACUUGGCCAUCCAAUACGCCGCCAAGAUGGGCUGCGACGUCGUCGUCUUCUCCGGUUCAGACAACAAGAAGGACGAGGCUAUGAAGCUCGGCGCAAAGGAGUUCAUCGCCAUGAAGGGAAAGACUGAGAUUAGCGUCAGCCGCCCCGUUGACGCUCUCCUUGUCACCACCUCGGUCAUGCCAGACUGGAAGAUGAUGCUUCCCGUCCUCAACUCGAACGCCAUCAUCUUCCCCAUGACUGUCUCUUUCGAUGACUUCGCUAUCCCCCACAUGGGCCUCAUCUCCAAGGGUAUCACCGUUCAGGGUUCCGUUGUCGCCGCCAGGGCUGUACACCGCAAUAUGUUGGCUUUCUCCGCGCUACACGGCAUCAAGCCCAUCACCAUGGAGUUCCCGUUGACCGAGAGCGGUAUUGAGGAGGCUAUGACCACGCUGAGGGAUGGCAAGAUGAGGUACCGUGGUGUUCUUAAGCCCCAGUAG